CUAUUGCACAGUCUCACUCUCGACUCGACCGCCUGUCUUUACUAUCAGAGGCGUGGUCGCUUACAUAAUGAAUUCUGUAUUAAAAUACUUGUUGAUACUUCUGGGACUUAUCUCAGUGAUAAUCAACAUCGUCUUGAUAUGCAUCAAUUCGAAUAGGACUCCAAAAUGCCUGUCCCGACCUCAAGAAUCUCUGAGAGUAAAACACUCCGAUAAAAGUCAGAUUUUUGCCGACCUAUCUCCAGAGGAGUACAAGUCUGUGCGCGAUUACAUGUGGGCUCAAAAAGCCCUGCAGAUUUCCCAUGCGGCCACGGCAAAAACCUCGGAGAAUUUCAUCUUUUUGAUAGACCUUUUGCUCCCGAAGAAGGAAGAUGCGCUCAGUUACCUGGAUGGCAGAGGCGCGAAGCCUCCCCGGGAAGCUUCUGUCGUGGUGUUCUAUGGCGCGCAAGGAUACUUGAAGGAGUACGUGGUGGGACUUUUACCUGCCCUACAGCAUCGUGAUGUUACCCAGGAGAAAUACAAAACUGCAACCUUACCCUUUACAGCCCGUCCAGUAACAACCGGGGAGUAUGCGCAACUUUUCACAUUAAUUGAUCAAGUUUUUAAAAAAAUUGAAAAACCACUGCGUGAAAGUUUUGGUUAUAUCCCAAAAAAGAGGGGUUUGCUUCUGUAUGAGGGCAUGCCUAGAGGUGUACAGGCUGGGGACCGCAAAACCUGGAUAUCUUUCUUCCGUGACUAUAGUGGCAUGUACAUCCAUCCCGUGGGCUUUGAAAUCCUUAUCCACCACCAAAGCAGCAACUCUUCAGACUGGACAGUUGACAGGGUGCUUUACAAUGGACAAUACUUUGACUCCAUUGAAGAUUUCAAAAAUAAAUACGAAGCUGGUUCUGUGAAUAAAAUUGUAUUCAAAGAAAUCCCGAAUUACGCAUCACUGAAACCGAAAAAUAAACCCUCCGGUUUAGGACCACAGCAAUAUUAUCUUCAAGGUAAACGUUUCAGCGUUAGAAACAACGAGGUGGUUUAUCUAAACUGGAGCUUUGCGUUUGGUUUGAGCUCCCUGACCGGUAUGAGAGUUUUUGAUAUUCGCUUUAAAGGAGAGAGGAUCGUUUACGAGCUGAGCGUGCAGGAGGCGAUGUCUGUCUACGGCUCGCUCACUCCUGGGAUGAUGCUCACAAAGUUUCUCGACUCAAGUAUUGGAAUCGGUCGCUUUGCGCACGAGCUGGUGCGAGGGAUUGACUGUCCUCACCAUGCCACAUAUGUAGACACGUACCGUUAUAUUGAUACAAAUGUCACCCUGCGCUCCAGGAACUCCAUCUGCGUUUUUGAGCAUGACAUGGGCCGACCUCUCAGGCGACAUUUUUCAGAUUUUUUUCAUAAUGGUUUCGGCGGUAUGGCAAACAGUGCGUUAAUUAUUCGUACUAUCACUGCUAUAGGUAACUACGAUUACAUAUGGGACUUUAUUUUCUAUCAGAGUGGCUCCGUGGAGGCAAAGGUUCAUGCCACUGGUUAUAUAUCAUCCUCCUAUAAGAUAGAUGGAAGUCUGAAGUACGGUCACCAAGUUGCAGAAAAUGUCCUUGGAAACAUCCAUACACAUUUUAUCAACUUCAAGGUCGAUCUGGAUAUCUUGGGUGUGAAGAAUGUGUUCCAGACUAAAGACAUGGUGUUCAAUGAGGUCAUAUUGCCGUGGAUGCCCUCGCGUAAAGCAAAAAUACCACAACUGGUGGAGCACCAAAUCAUGAACGAGAAAGAUGCAGCAAUGAAGUAUAACACUAAAACACCCCGUUAUCUUCAUAUAGCCAGUAACCGCACCAACCGCUGGGGCCACCAGCGAUCUUACAGGCUUCAGGUGUUUAGCUUUGCUGGCGAUCACCUUCCUGAGACUGAGCCUGAGGAAAAGUCCAUGUCAUGGGCUCGGUAUAAAGUUGCUAUAACCAAGCAUAAAGAUGAAGAGCAAACUAGCAGCAGCCUUUAUAGUCAAAACUACAUGUGGGCCCCAUAUGUUGACUUUAGCAAAUAUAUUGAAGAUAAUGAGACCAUCAACAAUGAGGACCUGGUUGCCUGGGUGACCGUUGGAUUCCUUCACAUUCCACAUGCAGAGGACAUCCCCAACACGGUUACUGUUGGCAACGGUGGGGGCGUCAUCCUCAGACCCCACAACUACUUUGAUGAAGAUCCAUCAAUCAACUCCCCUGAUGGAAUGUAUUUUUCACCAGGCUCUGAGAGUGACUGUGAGUACAACAAAAUGGCCUGUAUGGAAAAGGAGAUGUGCAGUUCAACACUGGAGCCAUUUACUUACCAUGGCUUUGAAGGAGUUAUGAAGUUUGAGUAGGAAUGUGAUAUACUGUAUGUAUGUAUGCUGUUUAUACAUGCAGCAAAAGUAUAAGAAUAUAGUAAUCUUCAAUGGCUUUGUGUUUAACAAUGUUAAACUUCUCUUAAACAUUCAUAGUUUAAAAGUAUUAAAUUUUUUCUAGGAAAUUGAUUGUGUGAUGUGACCGAAUUUGCCUGUUGUAUGUCAACACAAUUUUUCCUUUUCUUGUUCUAUUUAGACCACGGAAUUUGCAUUACAUUUGUUAAAUAUUUCCGUCAGACAGUGUGCUUUUUCAAAGCUUUUUCUACAAAAAAGUACUUUUUUAUUGUAUUGUACAAAUGUUUUUUCUGUAGAUUUCGAGAGACCGAAAAAAUAACCCUCUCAAAUACACUCUUGUUUUUUAUAUAAAAAUGUUCAUCCAUGCAAUAAAAAUUCAAGGGUGACUAUAA